GCCGGGUGGGCGGGACUUCUACGCCAUCGACCAAUAGCAGCGCAGAACGCGAGCAGGCUCCAGCAGCAGCGGGUCUGUGGUGCGCGUGGAUGGGGAAGAGGAGGGGAGGGAGCCCGAGAGAAACGGAGAAACCCAAAUAACGGUACACUCCAACAUACAUGGAGCCCGCCGACCCCCGCAUUUAAACCGUCCCGCCUCCAAACCCGCUUCCUGUGAUGUUUACGUUUGAGCAGACGGACGCGGCGAACCCGUUUUAAAAGCCGAGGGACGGCUGCGGUCCACCAUUGUGUGCGCAGAAAUUGGAAGAAUGGCCUGGAUGUGGAAGAAGAAGUCUCUUAUCGCCACCAGCCUGAUUGUGGUGGUUUCGCUCUUUGUGGUCGUGGUGAACUUCUCUCAGAUGCCAGACUUCGGUCAGACGUUCAGCAACCACUGGAUGUUUUCCAAGCAGUCAUACAAGGCUUUCAAGCCUCACCUGGGCUACGUCAGCAUCCCAAAACAGGAGCCAUUGAAGCUGAACUGCGAGCUGUGCAGCAUCGUGUCCAGCUCCGGUCAGAUGUUGGGCCAGGCUGCCGGCGCGCAGAUCGACCGCUCUCCCUGCAUCUGGCGCAUGAACAACGCUCCCACGCGAGGCUUUGAAAACGACGUCGGGCGGCGGACCACGCUCAGGGUCGUCUCUCACACCAGCGUGCCGCUGCUGCUGCAGAAGCCGCAGCACUUCUUCGGCCAGGGCAACGACACCCUGUACGUGGUGUGGGGGCCGCUGCGGAACAUGAGGAAGGACGGGAAGGGCAUCGUGUACAACAUGCUGCGGCAGGCGUCGGAAAACUACCCGCACGCUCGCAUCUACGCCACCACAGAGGACCGGAUGAACUACUGCGACAUGGUGUUCAAGAAGGAGACGGGAAAAGACAGUGGUCUCAGUUGUCCAGUCUCCACAGAGACGUCACAACAGAAAAGGCUAAAUGAUGAUGACAGAGAGGCGGAACAGAAAUGUGUCAUCAUCAUGGGCAGCGACACCGCCACGCUUUGUGGCCCUGACAUUUCCUGCAGCUCUCAAGGGAUUCAGUCCGGCUCUUACCUGAGCACCGGCUGGUUCACACUCAUCCUGGCCAUGGACAUGUGCAAAGAGAUCCAUAUCUACGGCAUGAUAAAUGACACCUACUGCAGGACUGAGGGCUACAGGCAGGUUCCCUACCACUACUACGAGGCAGGCAGCCGGGACGAGUGUGCAGAGUACCAUCUGCACGAGAACGCCCCCUACGGCGGACACCGCUUCAUCACAGAGAAGUCAGUUUUCGCCAAAUGGGCCAAAACCCACUCCAUCAAGUUCUUCAACCCUCCGUGGCAGCUGUCGUGACCCCGGCCGACCCUGGCACGACAAAAUUCACGCUAAAGCAAACACACACAUCAGUUUUCAGAUUUCUCCCCAUAUCUGUUGUUUCGUUCCCAUUUGGUUCUUCAGAAUUAAGUGAAAUCUGAAGACUAAAUGUGGACGUGCAUCUUUCAUACCUUCGGCUUCUUGGAUUGUACGUUUCAGCAGACGAAUGUGGAACGCUCCCUGCUCUGCACUGACAGAACCAAACAUUUGAACCAGCAAAGAACGCCGCCUUGAGAGGAAAAGACGUUGUCUGGUGUUAACUCGCUUUGGAUUUGGGGGGAAGAACUCCAACCGGACGGUUUGUGUCGGCUUGGACGUCUCAUCAGCUUCUCUGCUGUUUCCCCUUGGAGUUCGCCUCCAGUAACAAGCUUCGUUCAGGCUUUCAUCUACUGAGGGAAGAUGCUCUGUCAGUUUCGAUUUGCAUCGAUCCGUUAAAAAGAUCUUCAGCAAACAAGAUUGUUUCACAAAGCGAUCAAAAACCAGGUUGUAGGUAAAGAUGUAAAUCGGCUUUGUUGUGUUUCAACCUGAAGAUGUUGCCUCCUUUUUCUUGCUAUGAUCCAGUGAAGCUAAAUUUCAUUGUGGUUUUGGUUUUAGCCUCUGGAGGGUUUGCUGAUUUACUGUGCCAAUGACAAUGUAAGCAGCACAGCACAGAGAGCGAGGAGCAAUUAGAGUCCAUCUCUCUGGUAGCAGUUUGUGCCCCUACAGAGGAGGAGAUUUAUGUGUGCAGUGAAACCAUUUGAAGUUAAUUGGAUCCCAUUAUCAUUUUGUGCCUGCAAUAUACUUUGCAGUUCAUUGUAUAGACAAAGAAGAAGAUGCAUUUGCUCUCUUUCUCUCAUCUUCUCAUCCAGCUUUGUGCCUCUUUGUGUAACACAUCGCCAUGUGGACUUUAUCCCGUUUGUCUCUGGGUGCAGCUCGCUCGUCUCUCGCUCAGUAACUUCUCAUCGCAUCUGUUACAGGACAGUGAAGAAUAACCAGUGGGUCUCUGCUGGGGCCUGUGGGACCAGCAAUGACAACUGAAAAGAGUCAGACUUCUAAUUUAGGCAACUCAGAGGACAGUGAGAUACUUCUGCUCCAGCGUAAGCGAACAGGAUUGUCGUGGUUUGCAGGUCGGCUGUAGUCACAUGUGAAAACUGGGCUAAAGGUUUGGAACAAAAUGUGCGUUGUUAGCCUUUAGAGCUGCUGGACAAAAUUACUAUAAUAAUGUAUAAUGCUUAGCUAAGAAGGACCAAAAGUGACACAAUUCAGUACACAAGUAUGCUGCUUUUUAUGGCUUUUUUUUAAACCAUAAUCAUCAAAAGUGCAAGAACUACAGGCUGAAAUACUGUAAGGGUGUUUUCACACCUGAUAGUCCGGUAGAUUCGGUCAAAUUGGAGACCAAAAUUGCAACAGAUUUUUUACAUUUUCAGCUGCUGCAGUUCGCUUUCACACUUCAACUUCAAAAUAAUUGAAAAACAUGUUCCCCUCCUGACCUGUGGGGGCGCUACACCAAUAACCACUGAAGUAAAAGACUCAAAAACGAAGAAGACAGUGAGUGCAACUUCCUUUGUCACAAAAUGUAAACAAAAGUGGAGUGACGUCAGAUUUUAGUGGUUGUAGUAUUUUUCUUUUUUCAUUUCUCUCGUUAUCGUUAAACUCUUGCGUUUAUUUUGGAUGGAUUUACCCAGAAUGCCCUGCGCUGUAGUCCACUUCCUGCUUUUAGAGCGGACCAGAGUUUUCAGAGUUUGAUUACGUAUUCACCUUUUCCCAAACAAAUCCGACUCUCUAAAUCAGGGGAGUCAAACUCAUUUUCGUUCUUAAAUGGCCGGUUGUGCCAGAAUGUAUUAAUAAAACCUGUUCACAAACUAUUAAAACAUCAACAAUUUCCUAAAAUUAAAUAUUAUUGAACACCUUUCAGUCCCUCCAGGAUUUUGUGAUUUUUUUUUUUGUAAUAAAAAUCAAACUGUUUGUGAUAAUUUGGAAAUAUUCGCGCUUCAUUAUAACUCGCUGUAUAGAUCAUGGACUAUAAUCCGACAUCAGUUAAGGCUGAGGCAGCUGUUUAGUACAAGUAAGAAAGUUUUUGACAAUUUUUGAGAAAAUCUGCAAUAAACUCCCAAUUAUUAGCACAGAAAAAGUGCGUAAAUUUGUUGAUUUUGCGUGAAUUUCCAUAAUAAUUCUCAACAAACUGGAGGGACUGAUAUAUUUUGGUAGUAAACAGAUGUAAACUGCAUUGAGUUGAUUGAUAACAAUAUUUAAUCAGACUUAGUGUUCAGUCUAGCAUCUAGAGGGCCACAUAAAAAGCUAUGGUGGGCCAGAUUUGGCCCUCAGGCCUUAAGUUUGACACAAAUCGACUAAAGGUUCAAUAAAGUGAACUAAGCAGGACUGGUAUGAAUGAACCCUAUGUAUGAUGAGUUUCACUUUCUGAAAGAAGUGAAAAAAAUAUUGAACUCCUUCACAACAUAAAUGUUUUUCCAGCUGUUUUUGUAUAAGUAAUAAAUACGGGAUGAUGCCGAUCUCCACUUAGACGUCACAAAGCAGCGCAAUGUUUACAGAAGUAAUAAUGGACGCCGCCGUCUUUGGAUCGACUAAUUGUUAAGCGAUCAGAGCCGACAGUAUUGUCACAAGAUCAGAACAAGAAGAAGGAAGUGUGGGCUCUGUUUGGUUCAGCCACUGUUUACAUCUGGAUUUACCGCGUUUGGUUUCUUCUGGUGCUGAUUGUGACGCAAGUCUUUUGUUAAUAACGUAAGAGUUGGAUCAAAUGUGACUGUAGACACAUAUCCAUACGUAUCUGAUUUAGUGCCACAUAUUAAGGGCUCACAAAUUGGAUUUUUGGACCGUUCAAACUGCGGUGAAAAAAUCUGAUUGCAUUUGGCUUCUGUGUGAACGUAACUCUAAAUGUAGGAAAAAAACAAGCAGCUAAACAUUAGACCACACUAAUAAAGUUUUGGUCAAGGUAUGAAAUAUCUGCUUUUCCAAGAACAAGUGAUAUAGAUUAUUAAAAAAGAAAAAAGGCAUGUCAUGGAUUUUCUUCCUCAGUCGUGGAUAAAAACAUUAAGAUGGAGCUGAAAGCCUGUUGGAAAACAAACCAUCGUUAAUGUGCCUCAAGUUAAAGGGACCCCUGUGGAGUUUCCCAGCAAACAAACAGCAGCUUCAGUCACAUUCAGUCAAAAUGCGUUCUGUUCAGCCGAUGCGGUAAUUAAACUCCUUUGAGACCUUCUUUCAGCUGCCUUUAAACCACAGAAAUAACAGCCUGCAGAGCCACAAUAAAAAACACAAACUCAGUCUCGCACAAUCCAGGAGAUGAUCUUUAUCACUGCUUAUAAAGUCAUUGUUGGAGUUUCAUCUGGUUUGUUUUUAAAACAGAAGUGGGUAUUAAUUAGGAUUUUCAUCCUGCAGAUAGAAACUCAAAACAAUCUCUGCAAAUAUUUCAGAAUUUGUCAGCUUGAGGAGGUAAUCUAAAAAUAUUUGAGUUGUGUUCUUAAUCAUUAACACAUGAAUAAAACGGUAACGACAUAAUAAUGCAAGAAAGCAUAAUCAAAUAUCAAUGAACUUUAAAUUCUAAUGAACAUUUAACACCAGAAGACAUUUUAAAUAUUCAGAGUAAAUAAACAAAGUAACAAAAACAACAAUUUAAAUGAAUUAUGAAGUGUCUGUAAUCCAAAUUGUCCUUCAAAAUGUUCUGCAAAAUUCACUUUUUGCUAGUUUUAUGUCCAUGUUGCUCUUAACUGUCCUGGUGGUUUAAAACCCCCCAAAAAAACACACCAGUUUUUUGGCAAUAUGUUUAUUUUUUGGUGUUUCAAAAUCCUCCCCAUUAUUAAGGCACAUUCUAGAGGCACUGCGUUACCUAGCUCAGCACCAGUACAUUUGGUCAGCUGGUUUUACCACAGUAUGUACUGUACAAUGGCAGCUGGAAAAGAUAAGUGCUUCGUUGUUGACUUACCAUCCAUAAACCACUUGCUGCAUUCUUGUUGACUGUGCUCUACUUCUGCUUUUCAAAUAUGUGGUUGUAUAAUUUUGCCAUGUGAGCGUAAACGUUGCUGAGGGCGUGGCCAGCAGCAGAUUAUUUGGAUCUAGAGUGGCACCAGUGUACGCUUUUGGUCUAAACGCUCUAAACCUUCCCUUAUAAUCCAUGAAGUUGUAUUAAAAUCAUAACCGUGGUUAUUCUGUAGAAAAAUCAUGACAUUUUUCACCACAUCGGCCACGCCUAGUCCAUUCCUUCCCUAAGUUUUGUCUGCAGGAAAGCCCUACGUAGUUUAAUAGCACAGCAAACAUUCAGACUGUGUACACCUCAGUGAAACAGAUACUAUUGAUUAUAUCUUUUAGCUGCUUCAGAAUAUCAAUCAGUCUGUAGCUGUUAUACUUCACUAUAGAGAUAUUGUAUCUUAAAAACCUCUAACUAAAAUCCGGCCUUUUAGUAACAUCCUGAGCAGUCCUUGAGAGACAUCACAGCUGCUCCACUGAUUCAUCCUUUCAGUAAUUGUGCUUAUUUCUCCAGGAAGUGCACCGAAUGAUGAGCUCCAUAAAACUGCUGUAUGCAUUAAUCAGUUUGUGGGUUUAGGCUCCUUCUUAGUCUGCAGAGAUAAGCUUUAACUCACAAAGCUAAAGUAAUUGUCUUAAUUUGGCAAAUAAAUUCCAGUGUUUAUCAGAAACUAAAUGCAUAGAGAUUAACUUCCUGCCUACUGGCAGUCGAUAAACAAAUGAAGGCUAACGCGACUAAAAGCUCAGGAGGAGCUUUAUUCUAGCUCAGUUUUCGCUGGAAUGGUGAUCAUAGUUUUACCUGCAAAUCGUGGCAUAUUUUUAGUUGCAACAGGUGCGUGGCAUUGCUGCAUCACCUUGCUGCUUGUUGGAAAUCAGCAAAAUGUAAAACUGUCCUGUUUUAAUUUUUUGGGGGUUGGUCCGGGUCAGCGUUCCCAGUGCCGCCCCGCCGAGCUUCACUAGCAGCUGGGAGUCGAGGUUCCUGCUGAGCGAUACAGCCUGAACGAGUUGAGGACUUGGUUCUAAUUUUUUUUAGCAUCACUAAUUUUGGUUUAGUUUUCAGUGCAAAUAUCUUACUAGAAUAAACUAGCAAAUAUCUAAUAAGACAGAAAUAAAUUACAAGUAACUUUUAAGCAAGAUAUAAGUUUGUUUUAAGAAAAUAAUUAAUUCAUAUUGAUCAGAUUAUUUCAUGUGUAACAUGGGAAACAAUGUCUUGUAAAUGAAAUAAUCUGCCAGUGGAAGUAGAACGUUUUCAUCAGUAUUAAGGAAUUAUUUACUUAAAACAAGCUCAUAUAUCAUGCUUAAAAGUUAUUAGUAAGUUAGUUUUGUCUUAUUUUAAAUGUCCCAAGAUGUUUUCUCUAGAGAUUAGACCAAAGGUACUUGGUAGGACUUUGUGUUUUUGCAGUGCAGCCCUCACGGUCGUGCAGGUUUCCAGAUUAACAACCAUUUUUCUGGAUUUUCCCUCUCAGCCUGGGAUUGUACAGUCAUCUGGCAGCUCUUCGUCACUCUUACCACUGCAGCACACACUGUAACCGCGUUUCACUCAGUGGGGAAAGUUCUGCUGUUUUAUCAUCAUCUAAUGUGAUUUUAACGGGACGUUUAUUACAUCAGUUCAAGAUUUGCUCCAAGACUUUUGUUGUGUUUUUUUUCUUUUAAUAACAGUUGCCUUUAUUGUAUUUUGUGUGCAGUUUUUUUGUAGCUUAUUUUCUGAUCAGCAACAUACAAAAACCAUGAAAGAAUAUGUUUUAUUAAACUAUCAGUCAAUUACAGUCAUAUCAUAAAUUCAAAUGGGACUGAAUUUGGAGAUUGAGAAGAUUUUAUUAUUACAAUGAUCUUAAAGUUUUGUCUUGACAAAGGAAAUUAGAGGAAAAUUGUAGCAACAUGGCUUGAUAAUAAAAUAAAAAAUUUAAUUGAACAGCAAACAGUGAAAUUUAACAUUCACUUAUUAACACCAUAUAUCUUGCUUUGUGCAAACUGCAAAGCACAAAAAGGUCAGCCUGACAUUUUCUGUUGGUUUUUGUGGUAUUUCAACAUAAAAGAUGUUUCAACACUGUAAAAAUUACUCUUCUGAAAACAAGUUGAAAAAUAUUCAAAACAAUGUUUUGCUCAUGUUAAAGUUACUUGUACGGUAAGUUAGUUUUGUCUUUCUUCAGGUGUACUAAGAUAUUUUCAUUUGAAACUAGACAAAAAAUACUUACAGCUUUUGUGAAACUUGUAAGAUUUAAAAAAGUUUUAUAUACAGGUGUCUGCAAAGUUCUUGAUGCCUCAGUUCUUUCUACUUUGUUUCAUCUCCAUGUAAUCCUUCAGAUCAGAGUCUUGUUGUGCAUCUACAGCGGGCGAGACAAACUCAUUUUUGUUUCGGUCCAAAUCCAGAUCAUGAAUGCUCUCAAAGGGCCGGUUGUGCCAGAAUGUAUUGAUAAAACUUGUUCACAAACUGUCAAAAUGUCAGUAGAUUCUUAAAAUUAAAUAAUAUUAUUGAACAUCUUUUUAGUCCCCUCUGGAUUUUGUGAUUUUCUGCAAUAAAAAUCAAAGUGUUUGUGGCACUAAUUUGGACAUAUUUGCCCUUAUUUAUGACGGUAAAUGUGACUUUUUAUUACUCGCUGUUUAGAUCAUGGACUAUAAUCUGACAUCAAUUAAGGCUGAGGCAGCUGUUUAGUACAAGUUUAGUAAAAUAUCUUUUUAUGUAGAUAUAAAAUAUCUACAUAAAAAGCUACGGCGGGCCGUAUUUGGCUCACGGGCCUUGAGUUUGACACAUGUGGUCUACAUGAUUUCUGAAGUGUUUCUGUGAACUCUGGCUGCUUUUCACUUCAGGUGUUUGUGAAUCCACCUAACUCUAACCUUUUAUUCAUAAAACAGAUCCUAAACUCAAAGGAAGAAUCAGGGCUUUGUUAACAACUAACCAGAGAACCGAAUAGAUAUUUACAUUUAACUGCCAGUAUGCUGCCUCACAGACACGUUUAUUAAGUAAAUAAUGAUUCAGUGUUAUCUUUCUGCCCACACAAUGGGCAAUCAAGCUAACUCAGACUGCCACUGUCACAGUUUGUAGGACUUUGAGUUAAAUUUGUCUGAUUUCUGUAUUGUGGUUGUUUGUAAUGCUCUGAAUUUAACCGUGGUGUUAUUUAGCUCUUUGUGCUUAUUUAUGUUACCAUUCAUCUUUGUGUUUCCUCAUUACAUCAGUCUAGCCUGCUCCUUUUUGCAGUAAUCACCUUCCUCUAUGUUUGCGUUCAGUUAUUGUCAGAU